GGAUAGCCGGUUUGUCAGGCGGGCAUGCUCCACCCCUCUCAAUUAUAAGAACCACAUUCCUAAUCUCCAAGCAUUAUCAACUUCAGCAGAAAUUCCACUACCUGGUUUUCAUAGUCCUAGUCAUCUCGAGCUUGUCGCCCGCGUUCACGCCUGUCACUUACGUUUGAAACUUCUGUUACUCACGUUGACCGCCAUGGCAGUAAGUUCGCCAACGUCCAUGUCGUCGCUACUGAAUCCUGAUGCCCCUAAUUUCGUGCCAGCUGCGUUUAGAAACACCGAGGAUUUCAGCCAAGAAUGGUGGGAUAAGGUGCAAAAUUCCCCUGCGUUUAGAGACUACUGGCUCCGCGAGCGCUUCGCUUCUUUGGAAGCAGAAGUAACCGAGUCAGGCAACAGCAACGAGGAGGAGGAGUUGGUAGACGAGCAAUUACUGGAAGACAUGGUUGAUGAAGAGUUGAAAGAGGAGCUCUACGUGCUCGACAUAGACGAGGAUUUUGACGAAGUUUUGCAAGAUUCUUCAGCCGAGCUUUGUGAAGAGUUGCUAGAUGGCAGGCAGUCGUGAAGAGUUGCCGGAGCGGUCGCGCGAGCCAUUCGGCUUGACACAAGAGGUCACUAACAAGCUCAAUAAGUCGAGGAAGCACGACCGCAUUAAGGAGAACCGUUAUGAAGGCCGUCGCUAGGCCUAGGCAGCAGCAGCACACCCGCGUUAUUCAACAGCCUAGGGCUUAAGUUACGUAUGGAGAGCGAUAUUGAUGUGGUGCUUCCAUGUACAUGUUUGCUUCGUUUAGCUUACUUAGCAUACAUGGGCGCUCCUCAAGGGUAGACGCUCUUUGGGUUGUAAUGCUCGUGACUGUAAAAUUCAGGUUCAUGAUUGACCCUUCCGAGUUCCAUGUAGUGACGAAUGGGGAAACUGGUUGAUUAUACUGCACACACACUGA